AUGAAAGGAUUGAUCUUAGUUGGAGGUUAUGGUACUAGGUUGAGACCAUUGACUUUGACUUUACCCAAGCCAUUGGUUGAGUUUGGCAACAGACCCAUGAUUUUGCACCAGAUUGAGGCCUUGGCCAAUGCCGGUGUCACCGAUAUCGUGUUGGCCGUCAACUACAGGCCGGAGGUUAUGGUGUCGACGUUGCAAAAGUACGAAGAAGAAUACGGUGUCUCGAUCACGUUUAGUGUUGAAGAAGAGCCAUUGGGAACAGCCGGUCCUUUGAAGUUGGCAGAAAAGAUUUUGAAGAAAGACGACUCGCCAUUUUUCGUUUUGAACAGCGAUGUCAUUUGCGAAUAUCCAUUCAAGGAGUUGGCCGACUUCCACAAGGCUCACGGGGCUGCCGGUACCAUUGUUGCUACAAAAGUCGACGAGCCAAGCAAAUACGGUGUCAUUGUCCACGACAGAGACACCCCCAACUUGAUUGACAGGUUUGUUGAAAAACCAGUUGAGUUUGUUGGCAACAGAAUCAAUGCCGGUUUAUAUAUCUUGAACCCAUCGGUGAUUGACUUGAUUGAAGCCAAGCCAACUUCGAUUGAAAAGGAGACUUUUCCCAUUUUGGUUGACCAAAAGCAAUUGUACUCGUUUGACUUGGAAGGCUACUGGAUGGAUGUUGGACAGCCAAAAGACUUCCUUAGUGGAACCGUGCUUUAUUUGACUGCCUUGUCCAAGAAGUCGCCCGACAAGUUGAGCAGCGAGAAGUUUGUCCACAAGGAAGGCAAUGUCUUGAUUGACCCCUCGGCAAAGAUCCACCCACUGGCUUUGAUUGGCCCAAACGUCACCAUUGGUCCAAACGUGGUUGUUGGCGAAGGUGCAAGAAUCCAGAGAUCGGUGUUGUUGGCCAACAGUAGAGUAAAUGACCAUGCUUGGGUCAAGUCCACCAUUGUGGGUUGGAACUCGAGAAUCGGCAAGUGGGCCAGAACCGAGGGGGUCACUGUCUUGGGUGACGAUGUUGAAAUUAAGAAUGAAAUCUACGUGAAUGGCGCCAAGGUCUUGCCACAUAAAUCCAUCAGUGCCAAUGUGGAAACUCCAUCUAUUAUUAUGUAA